AUGGCGACUUUUAGGAAACAGUAUGUCGUGGCCAGACAUGUGUACUCUGAGAACAGCUUUGCUGAAGAUCAUGAGAAAAUCCACAGGGUGCACAAAACCAUGCAGGACCACGUCAAAGAGUAUCUGACCUGUGAUGCAAAACGGGCCAAGAACGCAGCACUCUCUCUUUUGCCCAUCAUCGGCUGGAUGAGGAUCUACAGAGUUAGAGAGUGGCUGCUGGGUGAUGUGGUGUCUGGGAUCAGCACUGGAUUGGUAGCUAUCAUGCAAGGUCUUGCUUUCUCUCUGCUGGCCUCGCUGCCUCCAAGCUACGGACUCUACACAGCUUUCUUCCCCGUGCUCACAUACCUUUUCCUCGGUACUUCAAGACACAUAUCUGUAGGUUCCUUCCCAGUCCUGAGCCUGAUGGUGGGUGCCGUGGUGACCCGCCUGGUCCCAGAGGACAGAGCACCAGCAAAUAUCACAGCCUUUGAGGGUCUGACCCAGGACCAGCAGAGAGUCCUGGUGGCCUCCUCUGUGACCUUCCUCAUGGGGAUCUUCCAGCUCGCCAUGGGUGUUCUGCAGGUGGGCUUCAUUGUUGUGUACCUGUCCGACACUCUGGUGUCCAGCUUCACCACAGCAGCUGCUGUCCACAUCUUGGUGUCCCAGCUCAAGUUUGUGUUGGGACUGAGUGUUCCAGGCCUCAGCGGUCCACUCUCUAUCAUAUCUACGCUGGAGAAGAUCUUUGUCCAGAUCACCUCUACCAACAUCUGCGACCUGGUUAUGUCCAUACUCAUCAUGAUGAUUGUUUUCAUUGUGAAGGAGCUGAAUGACAUAUACAAAGCCAAACUGCCAGUGCCUAUCCCCAUAGAGGUUAUCAUGACCAUCGUAGCCUGUGGGGUGUCCUACGGCUUCAACUUUGAGAAGAGAUAUGAUGUCGAUGUUGUUGGCAAAAUGAUUAGUGGGUAUGAGUCUCCCAUUGCACCCAGUAUAGAAGUCUUCCAGGAGAGUGCUGUGGAGGCUUUCCCUAUUGCCAUAGUGGGGUUUGCUGUUGCCUUCUCUGUGGCCAAAGUCUACUCUAUCAAACAUGAUUACACCAUUGAUGGCAACCAGGAGCUCAUUGCGUUUGGGGUCAGCAACAUAUUCGGUGCAAGCUUCAGGUCGUUUGCAGCCAGCACAGCUCUCUCCAGAACAGCAGUGCAAGAGAGCUCAGGAGGCAAGACACAGAUUGCAGGGUUGAUCUCAGCCAUGAUGGCAAUGAUCGUAACUGUGUCUCUUGGGUUCCUGUUGGAGCCGCUUCCCAAGUCUGUCCUGGGUGCCUUGGUGAUUGUCAACCUGAAGGGCAUGCUGAUGCAGUUCAGAGAAAUCCUGUAUCUGUGGAGGAGGGACAAACCAGAAUGUGUGGUGUGGGUGGGAACGUGCCUGGGUGCCAUCCUGCUGGGCCUGGAUCUCGGUCUGGCGGUGGGAUUGGGGGUGGAGCUGCUCACUGUUAUCUUCAGGACUCAAUUUCCCCGCUGUUCUGUCUUAGCUAACAUCCCUGGGACUGACCUCUACAGGGAUCGCAAAGAUUACCAGCAUAUAUUUGAACCAAAGGAAGUGAAAAUCUUCAGGAUACCCUCCCCUAUCUUCUUUGCCAACAUUGAGUUCUUCAGGGACAAGCUUAUAGAAGCUGUUGGAUUUAACCCCUUGAGAGUUUUGAGGAAGAGGAACAAGGCCCUCAGGAAAAUCAGGAAGCUACUGCAGGAAAAAGAUAGUCACAUCAUCGAGAGAGGUUUGGGAGGUUUAUUCUGCCAAACAACAGAUGACUCUAACAUGAAAAUGGAGGAGUUGGAUCUGCCCACUGACCUUAAGGGUCUUCCGUUCCGGAUGGACUGGAAUGCCGAGCUUCCCGCUGACAUCAUUGUACCCAGAGUGGACCUCCACAGCCUGAUCCUGGACUUCUCUGCUGUCUCCUUCUUGGACAUCUCUGCUCUGAAAGGACUCAAAAUGACACUGAAAGAGUUCAUCCGAGUCGGUGUUGAUGUUUACAUCGUGUCAUGUGAUGCGUACGUCCUGGAGAAACUGCACGUCUGUAUGUUCUUCGAUGAUGAGAUUCUGACCUCCAUGUUCUUCCCGACCCUUCACGACGCCAUGCUGCAUACACUUGAAAAACACAAGGAGGGCUACAGUAAAAGCUGUGUGUUGGCAGAUACCAAACUCUAGAAGAGCAGCUGUCUCCAGGAUCAUCCACUCAUACUGUACAAUGCAAUGCUGUUUACACUGUUCCACUCACUGUAUUGCCACUAUACAGUAUGUUCAGAAAGGGAGUAU